AUGAUAAGGAUCUGGAGCACACUAAAACAACAGCCCGGAUAUAGGCCUAUUUUCAAAUCCUUCAAAUGCUACCUAAGUUUCACAAACAGGAGACAGCAGGACGUUUUUAAUGACGUUUUCAUUACAAAUAUCAUCAAAUCAAGCAAAACUGCCUCGGAUGCUGAGUAUGUUCGGUGUACAGUGUACGAUUCGAAAGGUGAUAUAGUGAUACAUGGGAAGGAUAUAAGGAAGCUGGAAUUCAUGAAAAAGUACAGUUUAGCCCCGCGGGACUUGCGUAAGAUGGUCAGGUCUCAUACAAACGCAUCUACUAAAGGAGUACACGUGGAUUUUGUUCCUCUGCUUCUGACAAGAAAGGAUUGCAUUCUACUAAACUUAUUGAACAUAAGGGCGCUAAUAAAGUGUGACGAAUUAGUUGUUUUUGAGAAUUCUUCCAGUCUGGGACUGGGAGUUCGGUUCAAUGAAUCUCAUUCUCACGGCUCUUUUCUCAAAGAGGUGAGCACACGAUUAAGAGCUAAUCACCCGGAUGCGCUGGGUUUGCCCUAUGAAUUCAGGGCUUUGGAAGCGAUACUAGUUGACGUGACUGCUAACCUCAAUACAGAGAUGGCCGUACACAAAACGGUACUCAAGAAUGUAUUGAGCAGCCUAGAUAAAUCUAUCGAAAGAACCAAGCUAAGGUAUCUUCUUAUCCAAUCUAAAAAACUAGCACAAUUUCAUCAAAAGGCAAAACUUAUCGAAGAAUUGUUUGAUGAUCUACUUGACCAAGAUGAGACCCUUAAUGAACUUUAUUUGACGGAAAACAAAAAUGGCAAGAAGAGAGUAUCAUUCAAUCAUCAAGAAAUAGAAUUACUUCUUGAAUCAUACUAUACUACUAUAGGGGAGAUUGUCCAGACAGUUGAAAAUUUAAUGGGACAGAUAAAGACAUCAGAAGAAAUCAUCAAGUUCGUGUUAGAUGCAAACAGGAAUGAAUUGAUGUUACUUGGUUUACGCUUCUCCAUCGGUGUACUAUCUAUGGGCGUUAUCAUUUACGUGGCUGCAUUAUAUGGUAUGAACUUGGAGAAUUUCAUUGAGGAAACAGACGGUGGAUUCGAGGCCGUGGCUAUUAUUGCUGUUGUCAUGACUGCCAUUUUGUUCGUGUUUUGUCGCAAGCAAAUUGAUAAAGUACAGAGGAUCACAAUGAGUGACGAAGCCAGAAAGAACGGCCUGGUGUUCAAGUUGCAUCAUGUAAGGUGA